AUGGCCCAAGGAGAUACUAGCAUGACAACGUUGCAAGCUAACAUAGUUCGGGCUGCAGCUGCAGUGAAGAACUCAUCAGCUCUCCUCGUGUGUGCUGGAGCUGGCAUGGGUGUUGACUCGGGGCUGCCAGAUUUCAGAGGGCCUGAGGGACUAUGGAAAGCAUAUCCACCGCUAAAGAAGCGUGGUCUGACGCUACCGUCGAUCAGUACACCACACUGGUUCGAAGAUGACCCAGCGUUCGCGUGGGGUUUCUUUGGUCAUAGGAUGAAUUUGUACAAUGCCACCACUCCACAUGAUGGAUUCAACAUACUUCGCCGCUGGGGUGGGAACAUGAAGCUUGGGCAUGCGGUGUACACAAGUAACAUAGAUGGUCACUUUCAGCGUGCUGGCUUUGCAGAAGAGCUGGUUGAGGAAUGCCACGGAUCACUGCAGUUCUUGCAAUGCUGCCAGAUCAGCCGCCCCGGCACUCAAGAAUGUCCGAAAAGUGAAGAGAUAUGGCCGGCUGACAACGGCGUCAGACUCGAGGUGGACGAGGCGACAUUAAACGCAAAGACACCGCUGCCCUCGUGCCCAGGCUGCGGGGGGUUAUCGCGCCCCAACGUACUGAUGUUCAUGGACAGGACGUGGGUGCCGGACCGUACGGAAAUGCAAGGCAAGCGCGUUGACGCGUUCAUUGACAAAAUUCUAGGCGGCAAGGAGGCGUUUGUCGUUGUUGAAAUCGGCGCCGGCCUCGCUGUGCCGACGGUGCGCAUGAAGAGUGAGUACACUGUCCGACAGAGCAACGGCACCCUUAUCCGGAUAAAUCCAAGAGAGCCAGAGGUGCCAGGGAAUGGUGACCACGUGUCCUUGGCUAUUGGCGGUCUUGAUGCCCUUCAGCGUAUCGACGCCAUCCUAGAAAGCAGCGCCAGAUGA